CCUCAAGACGGGCAAGACCUCACUUGACCCAUGGGCAAACCAAAAGAAUACAAAAACCCAGUGGACACGAAUCUUGAACACUAAGUUAAUACAUCUAACUUUUCAACUUUCCAAAAAUUGUUUUCAAGCACCUGAGUCCAGACACAGAAAAUACCAACCACCCAAAACGUCAAAAUGGGACAGAACUACAAGGAAAUAUCCAAGAUAGCUCUCAAACGCAGAGAAGCAGCCAUUCCAAAAGAAUACCUCCUCCCAGAAUCAGCCCUCAAAGACCUCCCACGAGACCUAACCACCAUCCCGCGAUCCUCCGGACACUUUACCCCAGAAGAACUCGAGAUCAUCGAAAGCAACGCCGAAGACAUCCUCAUCAAGAUCCGAGAAAAGCAAUCGACUUCUUUAGACGUCACAAAGGCAUUUUGCAAAGCGGCCAUUGUUGCACAGCAAUUAACAAAUUGCUUGACCGAGAUCCUGUUCCCGGAAGCUCUUGCGCGCGCCAAAUUCCUAGAUGGGCAUCUGGAGAAGACGGGCCAGGUGAUAGGACCUCUCCAUGGGCUUCCUAUCUCGUUGAAAGAUUGUAUGAUUACGCCGCCUCAUCCGUCGUCUAUUGGGAUGGCGUGUUAUGCCAAUGAAGCUACUACCGAUGAAACUGUUCUCGUCAGUGUGCUGAAGAAGUUGGGUGCGGUGUUUUAUGUCAAGACUAAUGUGCCUACCGCGAUGAUGAUGAUGGAGACUAUCAAUCAUGUGUGGGGAGAGACGAGGGGGGCGUAUCAUAGUGGGACGAGUUGUGGUGGGAGUUCGGGAGGAGAGGGAGUUUUGUUGGCGAUGAAGGGGAGUCCGAUCGGCGUUGGGACGGAUAUUGGAGGAAGUAUUAGAAUUCCUAGUGCGUUUAACGGUUUGUAUGGGUUGAAACCUACAUUCGGACGUUUCCCAAUAUAUGGCACAAAGUCAGGUAUCAGCGGUCAAGACUUCAUCUAUUCUAACAACGGGCCCAUGGCGAGGUCUUUGGAUAUCAUCAAGUUGUAUUGCCAAGCUGUUCUCUCGUCGGAAGUAUCUCCGUGGUAUCUGGAUCCGAAAUGCGUUGCUGUCCCAUGGAGAGGAGAUGUCAUUCAACCCAAAGGACGAAAACUCCGCUUUGGAAUUAUCUCUGACAACGACGGCGAAUACAGCGUCCAUCCACCUAUUAUUCGAGGUCUAGAGAUGACCAAAAAAGCCCUCAUAACAGCCGGUCAUGAGGUCUUCGAAUGGGAACCUUUCAAUCAUCCAGAAAUGGCCAAGGAAGUCAAUUCUUCAUUUUACACCCUAGGUGCAGCAGCCAUUCUGGACCUAACAUUGAAACAUGACGAACCUGUCUAUGGCUCUAUGAAAAAUUAUGAAGAGUAUUUUAAGAAGGGCGAACAUGGGACUCUUGGUCCCACGAGGUUGAGAGAGAUGAUCAUCAAGAGGAAUGCGCUGCAAAAGGCGUAUAUGGAUAAGUGGACAGGUACCGCUGGUGAUGGAAAGGAGGCCAUGGAUGGGAUCAUCGUUGCUUCAUCCCCUUGGACGGCGCCAAGAUUGGGUUUAACACAGAAGACUUUCUGCGUUAAUUUUACAGCUGUGUAUAACCUACUUGAUUAUCCUAUCUGUACAUUCCCUGUAACAUUUGCGGAUAAGAAUAUCGAUAAGGAGAGAAGCGGAUGGAAACCAUUGAAUGAAAAGGAUGCAGAAGUUCAGGCUGAUUAUGAUGCGGAAUUCUAUCAUGGUACUCCGGUUACGUUGCAGUGUGUUGGUAGACGGAUGGAAGAUGAGAAGGUUCUAGAGAUGACUGGCAUCAUUGCCGAUGUAUUGAAGGCGCAUUCUUGAAGGGAAGAAAGAGAAAUGGGCGAGUUUAUGUAUAUAGGUAUUUAGACAUAAGAAUUAUUUAUAAAUCUGAG